UCAAGCUUAAGAAGCUACUUGAGAGAGAGAGGGAGAGAGAGAGAGAGAGAGAGAGAGAAUUUUGAUGACGCUCCUCCUCCUCCUCAUGAUGUCAGUUGUCACAUUCAUCCCUCAAGCUCUAGGUUGCUACAGCUCAAUCAUCAGCUUCGGCGAUUCAAUUGCCGAUACGGGCAACUUGUACAACAGCUCUCCUAACAAAUCUUUGGACUUUUUCUUCCCCCCAUAUGGAGAGACCUACUUUCACCGCCCGGUCGGACGCUGCUCCGACGGUCGUUUAAUCAUAGACUUCAUUGCUGAAUAUAUGGGACUACCACUAGUGCAACCUUACCUCGAAAGCCAUAACCAAACUGUCCACAACAUUGAAGGUGGUGUGAAUUUUGCAGUGGUAGGAUCCACUGCGCUGGACACUGCUUUUCUUGAAGAAAUGGGAGUUUAUAAUGACAUUACAAACAACUCUCUAAGAAUUCAACUGGACUGGUUCCAAGAAAUGCUGUCAUUUUUAUGCAACACAUCUUCAGACUGCAACAAACUGCUUUCGAGCUCUUUAGUUCUUAUGGGAGAGAUCGGAGGCAACGAUUACAACAACGCAUUGCUUGGAGGAAAAAGUAUAGAAAAGGUUGAGAAAUAUGUUCCAUUGGUGAUAGAAGCAAUAGCUUCAACAAUCAAUGAGUUGAUUGCUUUUGGCGCCUCAACACUUGUUGUACCCGGAAACUUUCCAAUUGGCUGCAUUCCUGCUUAUCUAACAACAUAUGAAACUUCAGAUGAGAGUGAAUACGACCCUUUAACUGGCUGUCUAAACUGGCUGAACAAGUUUUCCGAGUAUCACAAUGAGCUGCUCCAGAGAGAACUUAGUCGGAUUCGAAUCCUUCAUCCUUAUGUCAAUAUCAUUUACGCAGAUUACUACAAUGCCAUGCUGCAACUGUACCAGUCUCCAGACCAAUUUGGAUUUACUGGGGAAACUACCAAAGCAUGCUGUGGAGGUGGGGGGCCGUACAAUUACAACUCAUCGGCACUAUGUGGCAGUCCAGAGGCAAAUGUACUUUGUGAAAACCCUGCACAGUUUAUCAGCUGGGAUGGUGUGCAUUCAACUGAAGCAGCAUACCGGUGGAUAGCCAAGGGUUUAUUAAACGGGAAUUACACCGUUCCGCAAAUUAGUACCUUAUGUGUUUCACAACUGUGACUUCAUCUAUAGUUUUAUUGCAAUCAUGCCCUUUUAUCACGCCCCUCAACAUUAUGGAUUCAAAAGCGGGCCUCUAAGGGCAUGCUGCGGAGGAGGAGAACCAUACAAUUUCAAUAAUUCAGCAAGGUGCGGACACAUCGGAUCAACAGCCUGUAAAGAUCCUUCUUCCUGUGUAAACUGGGAUGGAAUUCACUUAACAGAAGCUACUUAUCGCUACAUUGCCAAGGGCUUGAUCCAUGGCAAUUUACCAAGACCAUUUAGCUUAUAUAUGAUUAGUUACUUCCAUUUAUCGUAUAAUUAUUGCUGGUUUGAUAAAUAAACAAGAUAUUUGAAUUUGAGAUCUCUUCUAAAAAUUAAAGAAGGAUUUGAUCCA